AAGGCGGACGGCGAGGAGCGAGGCGGCUGGGAGCUGAGGGAGAGAAGUGAGCCAGGCGCGCCAGCCAUCCCGUUUGCUGUCCCCCACCGCGUUUCUCAUUUUCGUACCUCAGGCUUUCCGUGAGGUUUUUCUUCUCUUUAGUCCUCUCUCUGCCUCCCUCGACGGCGAGUGGGCGCUCGCGCGGCUGAGGAGAUUAAAGAGAGGGACGAGGCGAAAGAAGAGGUGAUGCGUAACCCGCUGACGGCCAACCCCACCACCUCCGCGGCUGCCUCCACCGGCGCGGCCGCCGCCUCCGUCGGCUCUUAGAGCCGCCUCCGUUCCUCUCAGAGGCGACGACUUUCCCCUUUUUGCCCCCUUCGCCUCUGAGCGCGACCCCCGCCCCUCUCUUCCCUCUUUCGUAGCCAGCCCCGGCUCCGCAUGAGCCGCGAAUCCACCUUCGUUUAGCCUUCAACCGUCGAGACAUCCUCGCCGAGAGCCCAUUUCCUCCUCGCCCGCUCCUUCCUCCGCCCAUCCGGCUUCUUCCCACCUAGUGACAGAGUUUAAGGGGGGCGACGUGACCGGCUGCCUGCAGAACCGUUGGGCAAGAUGGGGGUGAACGCCGUGCACUGGUUCCGCAAGGGGCUGCGGCUCCACGACAACCCGGCUCUGAGGGAGUGCAUCCAGGGAGCCGACACCGUCCGCUGCGUGUAUAUCCUGGACCCCUGGUUCGCGGGAUCUUCCAACGUGGGAAUCAACCGGUGGAGGUUUCUGCUUCAGUGUCUUGAGGACUUGGAUGCCAACUUACGGAAGUUAAAUUCACGUUUGUUUGUUAUUCGAGGGCAGCCUGCAGAUGUGUUUCCUAGGCUGUUUAAGGAAUGGAAUAUCACAAAACUUUCAAUUGAAUAUGAUUCUGAGCCAUUUGGGAAGGAGAGAGAUGCAGCAAUUAAGAAGCUGGCUAGCGAAGCAGGAGUAGAAGUCAUUGUACGAAUUUCACAUACUCUGUACGAUCUAGACAAGAUUAUAGAAUUAAAUGGAGGACAACCACCUCUUACCUAUAAGAGAUUCCAAACUCUAAUCAGUCGAAUGGAGCCACUGGAGAUGCCUGUAGAAACAAUCACUGCAGAAGUAACGUCAAAGUGUACUACCCCUGUUUCUGAUGAUCAUGAUGAGAAAUAUGGUGUUCCUUCACUGGAAGAAUUAGGUUUUGAUACAGAUGGAUUGCCUUCUGCUGUGUGGCCAGGUGGAGAAACAGAAGCUCUUACAAGGUUGGAAAGACAUUUAGAAAGAAAGGCUUGGGUAGCAAACUUUGAAAGGCCACGAAUGAAUGCAAAUUCUCUCCUUGCAAGUCCUACAGGCCUUAGUCCCUAUCUACGGUUUGGCUGCUUGUCUUGUCGCCUCUUUUAUUUCAAGUUAACAGACUUGUACAAAAAGGUAAAGAAAAACAGCUCUCCUCCUCUGUCUCUCUAUGGCCAGCUAUUGUGGCGUGAAUUCUUCUACACGGCAGCCACUAAUAAUCCACGCUUUGACAAAAUGGAAGGCAAUCCCAUAUGUGUACAGAUUCCAUGGGACAAGAAUCCUGAGGCUUUGGCAAAAUGGGCCGAAGGCAGAACAGGGUUUCCUUGGAUAGAUGCUAUUAUGACUCAGCUUCGUCAGGAAGGUUGGAUCCACCAUUUGGCCAGACAUGCUGUGGCAUGUUUCUUGACUCGAGGUGAUCUGUGGAUUAGUUGGGAAGAAGGAAUGAAGGUGUUUGAAGAACUUCUGCUGGAUGCUGACUGGAGUGUAAAUGCAGGCAGUUGGAUGUGGCUAUCCUGUAGCUCCUUCUUCCAGCAAUUUUUCCACUGCUACUGUCCCGUGGGUUUCGGUAGAAGAACUGAUCCCAAUGGAGACUAUAUCAGGCGCUAUUUACCUGUUCUCCGAGGGUUUCCUGCAAAAUACAUAUAUGAUCCUUGGAAUGCCCCUGAGGGUGUCCAGAAAGCUGCAAAAUGUAUGAUAGGCAUGAAUUAUCCUAAGCCAAUGGUAAAUCAUGCAGAGGCAAGUCGCCUGAACAUUGAAAGAAUGAAACAAAUCUAUCAACAACUGUCACGAUACAGAGGAUUGGGCCUUCUUGCAUCAGUGCCUUCUAAUGGGAAUGGAAAUGGGAACGGUGGCCUAAUGGGAUAUUCGCCUGGGGAGAACCUCCCUGGUUGUACCAGUGCAAGUGGAUCUCAGAUGGGAACAAGUGAAGGCCAUACAGGGAAUAUUCAAACAUGUGCCCUAGGAGAAUCUCAUACAGGAACAAGUGGAACUCAACAGCAAGGUUACACUCAAGGGAGUGGUAUUUUGCAUUACGCCCAUGGGGACAGUCAAAAAACACACUUAUUCCAGCAAGGAAGAACAUCCCUUGGUACUGGAGUUUGCACAGGAAAACGCCCAAAUCCAGAAGAAGAAACACAGAGCAUUGGGCCAAAAGUCCAGCGACAGAGCAGUAACUAGAUAAAAAUCUUGAAGGAAGCUAAUCAGUAGUAGAAGACAACAUGCUCUGUUCCUGUCAAAAGGAAAAGCUGAGACUUCCUCUUGAAUAACUUAACUUCUGGUGAAGAAAUGGACCAAACACCAUUGAAACCCAACACCCUGUUUUGACAGUGGUCAAGGAAAUCACCUGUCAUUCAUUUUGUGCUUCUAGCAGUCAUAUUUAGGGGUACCCUGGGUAUGACUGUUGGUUUGACUACACUUGGUUUCUAUUUUCUCAUAAAUUGUAUUAACUCGGGUCCUUUCACAGUAGCAUCAUCUACUUGAAUUGUACCAGCUGUGUGUGUAUGGGGGGGGUGGUAUUAAUCUUUAUGCGCUGCAUUUGUAUUUCAUAUUGACAGGGUAAAUUUUUUUCCUCUAAUGUGAUCUUUUGCAGCUGUGUUUCCUGCAGCUGCAACUUUUUGUCCAAAGCUGCAAUAGACAUAAGGUUCUGUUCAGCUUGUUAGCCUGGAAUUUCCCCCCUAUGUUCAUGUUUGGCUCUCUCCCUUGAGCUGGAACAUUUAGAUCCAUAUGCACUAGUCUGUAGUGCAUUGUACAUGGAUUUAUUAUGUAGGUAGGUUACAGUGUUUUCUGUGCUUCCCGUACUCUUUACAUUGCUGCAAAUGGGCAUCAGAUAGCAAGUUUAUCAAGCAUUUGUUUAGAAUAGGUAGUCAAACAUGCUGUAGAGUUCUUUUUUUGGGGGGGGGUUCCUAUAGAAGUUACUCUGUUCCACCCUUUUCUUGAUCAGGGUAGGUAGGACCAUCUGCUCUUUUUUAUAUCUCUGGGGCAGCUUACAGAGAAGAAAUACACAAGUAGUAUGAUAUGUAUCUUUAUUUUACAAAAUUCAUACCCUGCCUUUUUGUCCACAUAAGGGCCACCAAGCAAGCUAACAAAAUAACAUACAUAAUACAAUGUACAUUGGGGAGCUCUAUCUUCCUUUGCAAGGUUUCUUCAUGAAGAACCCUAAAUUAACUAUGCUACAACCAAUUCUGAACUGGUUGGUAUAGGAGGAUGAAAUAGUUUUAUUCUCAUACCUUCAUGAAAAAUGGUAAACAUGAAACCUAUUCCAGUAAUAAUUUGAAAAUACGAGUUUAAUUCUACUGUACUGUGGCAUUAAGAUUUACCAUGAAGCUAAUAUUUAUUAUAAACUGACAUUCUUCUGUAAAAUGUCAUGUUCUGCAUCAUAUUAAAUUAAAUUUUCUCACCACCUUGCAUCAUCUUUCUUGCUGAUUUAAGUGAUAAAAAUGGAACUGGGAAGAAAGUAAUCCAUUUGCUCAGUAAUGCAUUUCUAUCCUGUUUUGUUUUCAUUGUGUACAAUGCUGACUCCUUAAUUUCACCUUUAGAGGUACACCAGUCAGCCUCCAGAACUGCAAUGUAGGUCUAAACUUCUAGGUCAAGCAUAGCUAAUCUUGUAGUAGUUCACACCCUGGGACUGUAAAAUAUAGGUCUCUAAGGAGGCGUUAUUUUGGGAAACUGUCUCUCAUGAGGUGAGUUUUGACAUGGAGUUUGAAUAGAAUCUGAAUAAAUUAGUAGACUCUUCAACCACUGUGUUUGUUACAAAAUACCCAUCUAGUAAAAAGGUAUGGAAUCUCAUACUGUUCUGUGGCUGCCUACUGGACUUGCAAUAGGUUUUCACAGUUUCUCAUUAUGUCUCAUUUCUAACAGACUAAAAUUUUCUAUCAGUGCAUCUGUCUUCCUCUGAUACCAUCAUCUGCCAUUCCUUUUGGCACAUACCUUGAUAUUCAUUGUUUGCCUAUUCUACAGAAUCUCUUUGCUUGCUUUCUUGUUUGUGUGUACUACUUUUUUUUGCUAGUGAGGAAUCCCUACUGCAGUGUUAUGGCAGCUUACAAACUGCACAAGUUGUACAGUACAGCAGGCAUUUAAUUUGCAAAUACCUGUGUAUAAUCUCUGUUGAAAUGUAGAUCAUUAAAGAUCACAUUUAAAACAUUAUGAUAUCUGUAAGACACAAGGAUAUGGUAACACAUUUAAAUUUCAACAGUACUCAAAAUCUAAUAGACUUAAUAGGAGUUAAUUCCUAAUUGAUUGAAUCAGUUUUGUCUUGCAGCAUUGCUGAAAAGAGGAUCGGCAGCCUAAAAUCUUGAUGAAAAUUUACACUUCAUAUUGGAAUUAAAAAAAAAUUGCGAAAGUACUUGUAUUCAAAUAGGCUUUUAAAUACAUUUAUUUUCACAUGGUCGAAAUUGUAAACAAGUAUAAUUUGGUUUUGGAAUGCAUUGUUUCUAACAGGCAUUUCUGUGGUUUUUAAACUUUUAAUGACUUUCACAAAGGGCAAAUAGAGAUUUGUAAAUAAAGCAUUUGGUGAUGAGUUUGGUAACUUAAUGUAAAUAUAAGCAUUCAUGAUUAGUGAUAGACUCAUCAAUAUAUUUUUGAUAUUUCAUGUAUGGUUUUCAGCAAAGAUAGAAAGUGUUAGAAAAUGGAUAGAAAGUGUUCAGGCAAUGAUGGAUACCUUGAUCCUUUUUAGAUUCGAUAUUUUUAGACGGGGCAGUAUUUUUGACUUCUUUAUGAUCCACGUUCUCUUUUCAAAAUGUUACCUCUUAAGUCUGUGUAUAAAAUAUGGUAGCAUUGUUACUGUAUGGAAAUACAACUGUAUAUAAGUCUCAUAUGCCAAUAUUUUUUGUUAAAACGAUAAAGUUGUGUAUUCUGUCCAGUCCUUGUACUUCCCACUGCUUUGUUCAAUCACAGUGAGGAUGCCCUUGUUAAUAAAAAUGUAUAUAUUGUUUCACUUAA